CUGCAGAAUCAUCUGUUACUCCACGUCCCUCCAACACAGACGACACACACAGAGACGCUCUGACAAAAGAACGAUGUCGGGACCGAGGCCCGUGGUGCUGAGUGGCCCCUCUGGAGCAGGGAAGAGCACUCUGUUGAAGAGGCUGAUGAAAGAGCACGAAGGAGUCUUUGGAUUCAGCGUCUCACACACAACGAGGAACCCUCGACCAGGAGAGGAAGACGGCAAAGACUAUCAUUUCACAACGAGAGAGGCCAUGCAGGAGGGUAUCGACAAAGGAGAGUUCAUUGAGCACGCGGAGUUUUCUGGCAACAUGUAUGGAACAAGUAAGGCUUCUGUGGAAGACGUGCGAGCCAAAAACCUGAUCUGCAUCCUGGACGUGGAUAUCCAGGGGGUGAAGCGGAUUAAAGAGACCGACCUGAACCCCAUCUACAUCUCCAUCCAGCCUCCAUCUAUGGAAGUUUUGGAAGAACGUCUGAGGGACAGGCAGACGGAAACAGAGGAGAGUUUACAGAAACGUCUGGAAGCGGCACGCGCCGACAUGGAGCUCAGUAAGGAGCCCGGAGUGUUUGAUGUUGUGAUCAUCAACGAUGACUUAGAAAAGGCCUACGAGGAGUUAAAAGAAAUCCUGGAUGAAGAAAUUAAAAAAGUUCAGGAGGCCAAAUCAUAAUAAGGAAAUAAUAAGGCAGUCUUUCAGCAGGUGGACAGGAACACUCUGAUGUGUCUUUGACUGGAAUAGCUCCAUCUUCACUGGAACACGUGUGAAAAAAGGAAAGCUCUUCCUUACGCUCAGGUUUGCUCAGUGCAGUUCAAACACAGAUGGAAACGAAGAGCUCUGGACUGACGUGUGUCACAUGUCCUUUGUGUUAGAUUUAGUAAAAGCCGUGGCUGAUAUUUAGGUGUGUAGUUCUACUUCAUAGAUUUCUGCCAUUUGGCUCAGCAGGUACGAAUAAAGACAGCAGCUGGAGACAAACGCCAAACCCGGUGCUACAUUUGGUCGUCACAGGCUGGCACAGAUCUACUUUAGCUCCACAUCUAGAAAGUGUUCAGCGAUACUAUCUUUAAUUUGUCUCCUGAACUAGAAAUAAAUUUACUCUUAGUCGAGUAUAUUUUCAGGAUGGACUCAUGCACAUGAACUACAGAGCAUCUGAAAAUCACUGUUUGUGGUAGAUUUAAUCUAAAAUGUGUCUUAGAGCUGAAAUGUAUGUGUGUUGUACUCAAACGAGACAGAAUAAAGAGUUUUAGGACAA